AUGACGCGUGUCACCCCACGGGACGCUCAGUCCGCAGAAGAUCCCAACCGCCGUCGUCUCCGGCGUCACGGGGUAUCCGAGGCAGGCUCAUCGGUCGCCGCGCCACAGGAUCGCGGUGGACCCCAGCGGCAGUCCUUCCCAUGUCCAUGGACCGUGUCCACGGAGCGACCGACCGCGGCGCCAGACUGGCAGAAACUGCCAGUGCAGCACACAGCUCCAGUCAAGACAAGAGAGCGGAGAGAGCUUUCACUGGACUGCAAAGCAAGCUACUGCCGCCACUCCUCGAACCCCUCGCCCUUGUGCCGUGUCCCUCCUCCCAAUGGCCGCCGCCUCCUCGGCCCCAUCCGAACCCUAGCGCCGCCGCCCACCACCAGCAGCUCGCUCCGCUCCAGAUCCCACGCCGCGCCAGGCGCCACAUCACACCACAUGGCGGCGUCGGACGCGGCGCAGCAGGGCCCGCGCGGCCACCGGAGGCGCGGCGGCAGCGCCACGCGCGUGCGCCCGCGCGCCUGGUGCUGCUCCUUCGGCGGCGCGCCCGACAGCCCCGACCUGCGCCCGCUCCCCUCCUCGGCCGCGUCCCCGGCGGCGGCGAGGCCGGGGAGGAAGCUGCCGCCCAAGUCCCCCUCGUCGGCGGCGACGUCCUUCUACGGCUCGCCGACCUCAUCCAGGCUCGCGGGGCUCGGCGGCCUCAUCGACCCGCGCCGCAUCCUCUCGCCCGGCCGCGUCUCCCCCAUCGACCCCGACGCCGGCGCGGUCCCGCCGCCUCCCCUCCCGCUCCCGCUCCCUCCUCCGCCGCCGCCGCCCGCCGUUGGGGACUCGGCGGCUGUGGGCCCCGCGGACCAGCCGGCGGCGGUGCUGCUGGCGUCGGCAUUGCCGUCGGCCACGGUGGUGGCCGUAAGGGAGGAGGCGGACGCGGGUGGCGUGCUGGAUCUGAGGCUUUUCCUGCGGGGGAGGGACGGGAGGUGCGUCCUCAUGGAGCUCGACUCCGGGGUGCUGUGCGGCUGCAGCGACUUCUUCGCCGCCAUGGCCCCGCGCGAGGACGCUGCUGGUGCCGGCGCUGGAGGGAAGAGGAUGGAGGUGGACGGGGUGGAGAAUUUGGAUGCUUUCACGGCCGCGGUGGAGCUCAUGUACGACCCUCAUCCAAUGCCGUGUCUUGCAGCUGCCGGCGUGUCGAGGGCCAUAGAUGUGCUUGAGGUGAGGAAGACGAAUUGCAGGCCUCUCUUGUUUGUUAAUUCAGUGCUUCUUGUUGAUAUGGCACCAGUAUGUUCCUCUAUCAUGUUCAGCAAGGGAAUCAAAUCAUGUUUGACAUACAUAGAAGCUGUUCCCUGGAAUGAGAAUGAGGAGGAAAAGCUGAAGAAUCUCUUUGCAAGAUUCACUUUUGACGAAGCAAUAUCCCAGGAUAUACUGGCAAGAUUGCGGCCACACAACUGGAAAAACUCAGAUGACCUCACUGUACAGCUUAUUCAAUCUGUCACUAGCAGCACCAGCACUGUGGCCAGAAAAGACAUGCAAUCUUUGGUAAAUGGUCUUCUAAGCAAAAGUUCAGUCUAUCAAAAGGACUCGUCAGGGCUAAACAAGGAGAGCCUGUACCAGAUCUGUUAUUCAUGUCUGGAGUCACUGGUUGAUCUCUUUGAAGAGGCCAGAGAACCAACAGAUUAUACAGGUCAGGCUGUGGCAGUUAGAGGGAGUAAACCACUGAUUGAGCGAGUCUCUAGGCAAGCAGAGAACCUCAAUUGGCUCUUGGAGAUUCUAGUAAACAAUGAUAUUGCAGAAGAAUUUGUAGAACUGUGGGCGAAGCAAGACAGGCUCAUUAGGAUGCACGAGCAAGCAUCAGCGAUGGUCAGGUAUGAGCUAAGCCGAAUAUCAGCUGGUGUGUUCAUUGCACUUGGUAAAGGAAAAGUGCAGUGUCGUGGUGACGUACGAAGCCUCCUCUUUCAUGGAUUUUUCAGCACAAUGUUGUUGGAUUUUGGCUGGCUUCAGCGCUGCCCUAAAGGUCUAGACCUAAGAUCACUGGAGGAGAAUUUAGGGCGAGGCCUUCUAACCCUCCCUCUCAGGCAGCAGCAGUGUUUGUUCGAGGAAUGGUUCCAGUUCUAUGCGACCAAAGGAGCUGAGUGUCCGAACCUUAUUAGAGCUUUCCAGCUGGGUGAAUUUGUUUGA